GUUGGCGUGCACCGAGUGGCUCGGGUUGGUCGACUGGAAGGAGAACGCAAAUGCAUCGAAAUAUUCCAAGGGGACUGACAACCAAAAGUUGCUGCCUCCUGAUGAUAUUACUGCGGGGCGAACGAGGCUGGCCACUUGUGUGGUAAGGUGUCCCGUUGCAAGACUAGUACCGAAGAAUGUGACUAAACCUUACUGUACAUCAACAACACACAUCAAGUCUCCAUAUCAGAGGAUGGACGCGCAAGACCAGGAGACUCUGGGCAGGUGGGAUGGGCUGGCCAGCCGUGACACCAGCUCCAGGACGGCCGCCAUGGAGCACAUUCGCCAAGAGGUCCUAAGCAAAGUGGAGGCUAUCGGGCCCGAGCCAACGUCCUCGCCCUCGCCCUCGCCCUCGCCCUGUCUGUCACCGGCAUCCGGUUCCCCCGCCAGGAGCGACCUGAACGCUGUCCUGGCUCACCUCCUCAUGCUCACCAAGCGUUGUCCUUUCGAAGACGUGAGGGAGCGAUGUGUCCGUCUUUUGCAGACUGUCCAGGAUCUGGGAGUGCGAAUCCCAAGACCCCUGGGAAACGGGCCAAGCAGAUUUAUCCCUGAAAAAGAGAUUCUUCAAGUCAGUAAAGUGGACACCAGGACACAGUCGAUCUUUGAGGAUGCGUUCGCCGCCCUCGGUCGCCUGGACAACAUCUCAUUGGUGAUGGGCUUCCACCCGCAGUACCUGGAGAGCUUCCUGCGCACGCAGCACUACCUGCUGCAAAUGGACGGGCCGCUGUCGCUGCACUACCGCCACUACAUCGGCAUCAUGGCGGCGGCUCGCCACCAGUGCUCCUAUCUGGUCAACCUGCACGUCAAUGACUUCCUCCAGGUGGGCGGCGACCCCAAGUGGCUCAACGGGCUGGACGGAGCCCCAAGAAAGCUUCAGCAACUGGGCGAGCUCAAUAAAAUCCUGGCCCACCGGCCGUGGCUGCUCACCAAGGAGCACAUCGAGGGUUUGCUAAAAGCCGAGGAGCACAGCUGGUCACUGGCCGAGCUCAUCCACGCUGUCGUUCUGCUCACGCACUACCACUCGCUGGCCUCCUUCACCUUCGGCUGCGGCAUCAUGCCCGAGAUCCACUGCGACGGCGGUCACACCUUCCGGCCGCCCUCGGUCGGCCAUUACUGCGUGUGCGACAUCGCCAAUGGCAACAACCACCACGACAGUCCCUUUGGCAGCCAGGAGGUGUGCGGCGGCGAGGUGGAGGUGCUAAUGGAGCGCAUGAAGCAGCUGCAAGAGUGCCGCGAUGACGAAGAGGCCAGCCAGGAGGAGAUGGCCACGCGCUUCGAGCGAGAGAAGACAGAGAGCAUGCUGGUGGUGACGGCCGAGGACGAGGAGUGGGUGCCCUCCCGCGACAUCUCGCGACACUUCGAGGACCCCAGCUACGGUUACAAGGACUUCUCCAGGAGGGGCGAGCACGUGCCCACUUUCAGAGUGCAGGACUACAGUUGGGAGGACCACGGCUACUCCCUGGUGAACCGUCUUUAUCCCGAUGUGGGUCAGAUGCUGGAUGAGAAGUUCCAGAUGGCGUACAACCUGACGUACAACACCAUGGCCACGCACAAGGACGUGGACACCAGCAUGCUGCGCAGGGCCAUCUGGAACUACAUACACUGCAUGUUCGGCAUCAGGUAUGACGACUAUGAUUAUGGUGAGAUCAACCAGCUGUUGGACCGUAGCUUCAAGAUCUACAUCAAGACUAUGGUGUGCAGCCCAGAGAAAACCACCAAGCGAAUGUACGAGAGCUUCUGGAGGCAGUUCCAGCACUCUGAGAAGGUCCAUGUCAAUCUGCUUCUUAUGGAAGCGCGAAUGCAAGCCGAACUUUUAUACGCUCUGAGAGCCAUCACUCGCUACAUGACAUGAAGUGCUUCUUUUUUGUUUCUUUUUUUUCUCCCCCUUCUUCUUCUUCUUUUUUUUUUUAAGUCAUGUGUCAUUCUUGGGACAUUUCAAGAAAACAUUUUUGGGGGCAGAGGAGCUGGAUGCAAGAUCAGAACAAAAAGCAACGAGUCAGUUUUUUUUUUGUUUGUUUUGUUUUUUUUUUUUUUUUUUUUAAGCCUGCAGUGCCAAAAGUGACCAGAAGUAGGCAGCACAUGGCUU